CCGUCUUCACCACCGGUGACAACCUCACGGUGAUGUGCCGGGCAGAGGGGAACCCCCUGCCACGGCUCCGCUGGGAGCUGCCCACCAACGCCAGCUGGGAGCUGCGGGACGGCAGCACCACCGUCACCAUCCCGGCUGCCCAACGGGCGCACGGCGGCACCUACCGCUGCCUGGCCGAGAACCGCUACGGUGCCGGCGCUGCCAGCGUCGACAUCCUCUUCCAAGGAUCCUCCCGCAACCCCUUGAUCCCUGUGGUCGUGACCUUGGCCGUGGCCACCGUACUGGUUGGUCCCGUCAUCGGCUUUACCGCGCCCGAGGCUGGAAGCUGAUGCAGGAUGGAUCCCAGCCCGGCUAGUCCUGCCCGGCCAGGCCGUA